UUUGAAGUUGUGAGUGGAGUGUUAGAUGGUAGGGUAUUUCUUUAUUUUUUUCAAGCAAAAUAUAAGGGAGUUGUACUCCAGUGUAGUAGGUGGCGGUAAUGCAACAUAUUGGAUGCCAACCGCUGUUAAACCUCAUCGAAGAAGAAGAAGCGCAUACAACAUCUUGUAGCGCCAGCUGACGACCACUGACAAAAGGAGCGCGGGAAAGUUGGAAAUGGCGGAGUGCAGAAUCAGUCAGGGUAAGGGGCAAAAUAAUAAGACAAUUAUUAAUUGUUUACGAAUAUACAUUCCAGUAAAUGUAAAUAGUAGUUUGACAUAUUCGUCUAAAUUGUUUCCUAUCCAUUAACGCCAAUAGUAUGUGUUUCGCACUGAAAUGCAUUCCUGGACGUGUCCGUAGUCAUCGUAAAAGACUAUAUAGCCAGCUAACGUUAGCUAACUAGCUACUCCAAAGAUAUUGAUCAUUCAUCUGACUAUACUAGCUAGCCUAGUUGUUUCCUAGGUCGGCAAGCUGUCUAGAAGUGGCUUGCGUGAUUAACUAGUAGAUUGUAACGGCCUAAUGUGAUGCUCCAUUAGCCGAGACAUGAAAGGUAGCAAGUGUUUAGCGUAACGCAGAGAAUGUUCAAUACUUCCUCAAUUCCCCGCAUGGAAACAACCAAUGUCUUUAAACGUCAAUGUCUAGUUGCAGGGGAUUCGUUUGAAUGUAGAAAAUGCUCCGUAAUUAAAUGUUUUUUUCCCACUCCAUUAAGUAACUUAAUCUAAACCCUAGGCAGAUUUCCAUUAACCCAGGUUUAUUCGACGAAAGAAACUAAAGAUCGACAACAUUUGUAUCUGUUCGACAGAGGUUGAACAUUAUUUAUUGUGACAAAUGAUGAUGGAAACGGUGUUUUUCGAAUAAAUGAUGAUUGCCGAAUCAUUUUGAAGUUACGCGGGACACGUGAUGUCACCUCUUAACUAUAAAAAUGCCUAUGUCUUGCUAAAUCCAUUUUUAUAAAAGUGUUCCUUUGCAGGACAAAGAUUGUUCUGACUUUCAAGAAUGCCUGAAUUGCUUAGCCUUGCUUUUCUGGUUGGCUGGCAAGUUUCACCAUCAAAUUAUUUCAGAUCUACAGUUGUGCAAGUUUCACCGUGGUGAUAUGUUAGCACAUGAGAAUUAUUUAAGUAAUAAAGCCCAAGGGGGUGUGGUAUAUGGCAAAUAUACCAUGGCUAAGGGCUGUUCUUAUGCACGAUGCAACUCCUAGUGCUAGGACACAACCCUUAGCUGUGGUAUAUUGGCCAUAUAUCACAAACCCUGAGGUGCCUUAUUGCUAUUAUAAACUGGUUACCAACGUAAUUAGAGCAGUAAAAAUAAAGUUUUGUUGUACCCGUGGUAUACGGUCUGAUAUACCACGGCUGUCAGCCAAUCAGCGUUCAGGGUUCGAAUCACCCAGUUUAAAAUAUAAUUUAUACAACUGGUGGGUCUAAUCCUGAAUGCUGAUUGGUUAAAAGCGCAUUCCAGCCGGUGUCUAUUCCACAAGUUACUCCCGGCUAAAUCUAUGAUGUUAAAAUGCCUAUUUACUCUGUUCCAUCUGACUGCGCAAUCCACUGUCUCAUCAGCCCAGACAGGCAAUUUAUUAACUUGAUCUCCACAUUAAAAAGCAUCUAGACAUUAUCUCACAUUUCUUUUAGACUAAAAUUUUGUUUAACAGUGGAGAUUUGUAGAAACCUUGCUGUCUGUCUCUGACAUUUGCAACAUUGUUUCAAUAUUCAAAUUCGAUCUCCAGCUGUCUGAUAGUAAUGAACGUGUUGGAAGUCAGGAUGAGACAGGCAGGCAACUUUUCUCAGCCAGUCGAAAUCAUGAAUCAGCGUCAUUUUUUUAUGGAUAUAUACAAAACUAUCAAUAGAAAACAGGUCAAACUAAACGAAGUGCAGCUAGUUUUCUGUCUUUUCAGUUUGAAGUGAUUGUUAGUUGUUGUUGGCUAGCUCCUCUGAACAACAGUGUCCUGACGAGAGAGCACAUUUUCUAUGCCAGGCGAAAUCGUGCAACAUUAGCUCAUUGUUAUGAUGUAUCCAAAUAAAUGUCACUAGAAAACAGCAUAAACAAAUGCAGCUACUUUGCUGUUAUUCUGGCUUUUUGACGUGACUGUAAGUUAGCCGUAGUUGGCUACCUAGCAAGCAAGGGAUAAGAACGUUGCCAGCCAGUAUGGCAAUGGAACAUUUAGAAUGAAUGACUGGGUCGUGUCCAUAGAUACAGAUCAAAAAGACUGAACGACUGGGUCGCAUUUCUGACAACCGAACCGAUAGAACGAACGACCAGCUGGCUUGGGUAGCAACCCUAGAUUUGUGUCGGGACUAUAUCUUGUGGAAUUAUGAAAUAGUAUGAAUAAAUUAAUCAAAAUAACAUUUUUAAUGAAAAUAUGUAAAUCAUUAUUUGAAUAUGUUGGUAACCCGUUGUAUAAAAGUGAUAAUGCCCUCGAAGCCGGUGUUUGGAGGAUAUAUUGGCACGGUUGGCCGGCCCUCGACUUCUUCUCGGGCCUAACAGCAUCUGUGCAAAUAUAUCCUCCAAACACCAGCUUCUCGGGCAUUAUCACUUAAAUUGCAAAUAUUAGUCAAUUAUUGCAUUCUAUCCCUGCUGGCAUUCGUGGGCUACCUGAGACAUGAAACAGAUAGGUGUGAGGGCGUACAGGCUGUCACCAAUUUAUUCAUGUCAAUUUGCCUAAAUGGGUAAUGGAAACACUUCAACCACUACAUUUUUAUUCUACACUAUGUUUUUGUGAAAAAGUGUACAUAUUUAGGUGUGAUGUCAUUACGUCCAACUGUUUAGAUCAACACAAGAUAGUUAAACGGAAAUGCACCCUAGCAGGCAAUUGUCACAUCUAUUUUCUAACUUUCAACAAAAAAUCACUGGACAAGUUAAUGGAAAUAUGGCUACUGUGUACCAUCUUGUCUAUUUCCAAUAUUCUCUCAUUGAUUGAGACAGGUGAGUGUCAUCAUGACAUGCAACACUUUGGGGUGGACACUCACGGGUCUCAAUCAAUGAGAGAAGAUUUGAAAUAGACAAUAUGUCGGCGUUCACAUUGUUGGAUUACUUCAUGAAGCAAAACAUUUAUAUAAUUUAAUAAGAUUAUUUUCUAAAUUCAAGCAAACACCCUGCAACUAGACAUGGACGUUUAGAAGACAAUGGUUGUCUUCCAAUUAGGGUUUGAGGAAGUAUCAACAAGUUCUCUGUGCUACGCCAAACAGUAUCUUUCUACACUGAACAAAAAUAUAAACACAACCACUUAAAAAGAUUUUACGGAGUUACAGUUCAUAUAAGGAAAUCAGUCAAUUGAAAUAAAUUCAUUAGGCUCUAAUCGAUGGAUUUCACAUGACUGGGAAUACAGAUAUGCAUCUGUUGGUCACAGAUACUGUCUAUAGCUUAUGCCUGCCCAUACCAUAACCCCAACGCCACUAUGGGGCACUCUGUUCACAACGUAUGCCAUCUGCCCGGUACAGCUGAAACCGGGAUUCAUCUGCGAAGAGCACACUUCUCCAGUGUGCCAGUGGCCAUCGAAGGUGAGCAUUUGCCCGCUGAAGUUGGUUAUGACGCCGAACUGCAGCCAGGUCAAGACCCUGGUGAGGACGACGAGCACGCAGAUGAGCGUCCCUGAGAUGGUUUCUGACAGUUUGUGCAGAAACUCUUUGGUUGUGCAAACCCACAGUUUCAUCCGCUCUCCGGCUGGCUGGUCUCAGACCAUCCCGCAGGUGAAGAAGCCGGAUGUAGAGGUCCUGGGCUGGCAUGGUUAUACGUGGUCUGCGGUUGUGAGCCCGGUUGGACAUUCUGCCAAAUUCUCUAAAACAACCUUGGAGGCGGUUUAUGGUAGAGAAAUUAACAUUACAUUCUCUGGCAACAGCUCUGGUGGACAUUCCUGCAGUCAGCAUGCCAAUUGCACACUCCCUCAACUUGAGACAUGUGUGGCAUUGUUACAACUGCACAUUUUAGUGGCCUGUUAUUGUCCCCAGCACAAGAUGCACCUGUGUAAUGAUCAUGCUGUUUAAUCAGCUUUUUGAUAUGCCACACCUGUCAGGUGGAUGGAUUAUUUUAGCAAAGGAGAAAUGCUCACUAACAGGGAUGUAAACAAAUAUAGGAAUGUUUGGUCAGUUGAUAGUUGUUUUAUUGCCAUAAACCUGAGGUUAACUAUAAAAAGUGAUUAUUGUUGUUAUCGAACCAGAUCAUAACUUCUGAGAACACUUUUCUAUUUAUCAGCAACACAUUUUACAACCAGUGGAAAGGAGAGAAUGAGCCAGUUGUAAAUGUUUUGACUGAUAGAUUUUUUUUAAAAUUGUACAGGUAGACAACACUAAUGUGCCAAGAGGAACAAUGUGUGUUCCUCUUGGCACAUUAGAGCCAAGAGGAACACACAUUGUACAGAACUUGGGCCCUAUUUCCAAUGUGGUCCUUGAAGGAAUAGACAGACAGCAGGAUUAACUAAUAAAUACAGAGCUCUGCAUCCAGGGUUUGUACUGUCAUGGAAUUUUUUAAUGGUGUUUUCCAGGCCUGGAGAAGUUUGGGGAAAUGAUAAAAACCAAAAAGUAAAGGAAAUUAAUUUAAUAAUUUCUGUUACUUUAGUUUAUUUAGGCACAUUUGUAAAAUAUUUGAUCAAUCAAAUAAAAAAUCUACGUAUCAGCCAGGAUCAGCAUGACCCUUUUGCGCGUCUGUUUGUGUGCAUCACUUGCAUGUGUGCGACACGAGUGGGCGGUUGCUCAAGGAGAGGGAGACAGUCGGACAUUGCAGCAGCAGGUAUGCCUAUAAAAUAUGAUAGAGAACAGACUAACUAGGUAGCCAAUUCAAAAACAUAUUGUGUACCCUCUAGUUAGCCAUUUAGCAAUUAUUCAUGUGUAUUGUUUUCGUAAAAAAAUAAAACGUUUCACCGACACUCGCAAAUAAGGCAAUACAAAGUUCAUUUGCCUUUUUUGAACGAUUUGCUUUUUUCAUGAGUUAUUUAAACGAUUAUUUUUGACGAAACGAACGAUUCACAACGCCAUUGUAUUAGUUGGGAUUCGGUUCAAUCGUGGUGAAUCGAAUCAUGUGAAUGAAAAUAAUAAUUUGUGAAUCACGAACAGUUAAUAUAGAAGAAAAUAUUUGAUGUAGACUUUCUUUUGGAUUAUGUGGCUUCUUGUUUUGUAGAUACUAGCAGUUGAUUUGGGCAUCAAAUGUAUGGGACAUUGCAACUCAAUAGAUGCUAGCCAGCCUGCAAAGUAAACACUUCUAAGGUAAAUUUGACUAAACUCGAAAAGGUACAUUUCCUGAAAGAAAUGUGUGGGCUUGCUUCAGCUAAAUAUAACGAUUUGUAGCUUACCAUAGCCAUUUGAUCUUUGAUAUAUUGAAUGAGCUAAUUAUUUCAAAAGGCAUAAAACAUAUUUUGUUGCAAUCAAGGGUGGUCAACCAUCCUCCAGGAGAGCUAAUGGGUGUGCAGGCUUUUAUUCUAGUCCCUUUCUAACAAACCACAUUUGAGAAAUGAGCUGCUCAACCGUACCUAGAUAAUCUGUCUCCGAUGUGUUUGAGCAGGGCUUGAUCAAGAGCCUGCACACCCAGUAGCUCUCCAGACUGAGGAUUGACCAGAUGUGUUUUAUACAGUUGCGUAACAGGUAUUCUACUUGGGGGGUGGGGGGUUAAGUGCCUUGCAUAACGACAGGAGAUGUUACAUGGGAUCAGAGAGCAGCCUCCCAGUGUCGAUACCACAUUACGCAUACUUAUUAUGUACGUAUAAAAAGUAGGCGCCAAUUGUUGGUAAUGGAAAUUUGGUUAAAAGUCAUGGAAAAGUAAUGAAAUUCUGUCAAAAUAUGUAUGAACCCUGUGCAUCCCAAUGUAAACCCAAUAUUCUGCCUUCCUUUUUUCUAGAGGAGGCAAUGUCUCCCUCCUCCCUCAAGCUGUACGAGGCACAGUUCUUUGGUUUCACCCCUCAGACCUGCAUGGUGAGGGUAUACAGUGCCUUUCAGGACUGCCUGAAUGAAUUGCUGCUCGUUGUAGAAGCGGUGUUCGUGAGAAAACUAAGCGGGACUGAACCAAAUGGAGAGCAACUACGUUCAAGGGCAAGAGAAUGCACCCAAAAGUUGCAGAUAUUCCUUCAGGAACGCUUCAAUCGUCUGUCUGGUUGCAUGGAAACUGUUUUGGUCAACAACGUCCUCUCAGUCCCUCCGAAUGUGUUGCUGCCUGACGACCAGCCACACAAAAAGUACCCUCAACGUUUAGAGGAGGUUCUUAAGCUGGAGUCUUCCCUGGCGGAGCUGCAACAGGCGUACCAGGCGGAGGUGUGUGCCAGGCAGGCCUUGCUGGCUGAACUGGAGGAGCAAAGAGAGGUCCAAGAGCAGCUGGAUGGGAUCCUGAGAUGGAUUGGAGAACUACAGGCAGCAUGGAUGCAGGAGGGAAUGGGCAGCUUUCACAACAGCUUCCAUGUGAUGAUGCAGUCGGUCAAGAAACUGCAAGCUGUCAUUGGAGAGAUCAAUAAGAAAAGCAAAGGACUGGAUGAGGACUCAUCAGUGGGAUGGACCCACAUGGCGUAA